CCCUCGCGCUCCCUCCAAAAAUCCAUUCCAUUCAAAGCAGGCAAGGGUUGGUGAUCGGAGAGCCAUGGCGUCGACUUCACAUUCCGGUGGCGCCAGUGGAAGAAUCAAAACUGCUGCUUCGACUUUCUACUCAGAUAAUCUGCCUCUCAUUACUGAUACCCGAAAGGUAAUGGGUUUAAUGAAGGAAAUUGCAGUUGAUUUGGAGAAAGAUAAGCAGUCUGAUAUGGUGAAGGAGCUUGAAGAUGCAGUUGUGGAGUUAUUGGACAUAUCGGAAGACUUUGCACAUUUUUCAUCUGCUGUUCAGUCUGUUGCAGACAGAUACCAGCCAGGAGAAGAGUUGACUGAUUUUAGGAAGUUGUUUGAGGAGGAUGCUUCAAAGUUAAAGGCCAAUUCAUCUUCAGAUCCAAAAAAGCAUCCCUUAAUCCGCCAAUUUAAGGAAGCUGUGUGGAAUGUUCAUCAUGAGGGACAGCUAAUGCCCGGUGAAGAGCAAGAAGACAUUGUAAUGACCAGUACACAGCCCAAUAUUUUGAAUAUGAAAUGUCCAUUGACCGGGAAGCAUGUGACUGAGCUUGUGGAACCUGUUCGCAGUAUGGAGUGUAGGCAUGUAUAUGAGAAGAAGACAAUAAUGCAAUUUAUGCGGUCAAAGCACUCGCGUAUUCAAUGCCCAGUAACAGGUUGCCCAAAGUUCUUGAAGGCGGAUAAGGUGGUCUGCGAUCCUUUGUUACUGGUUGAGAUUGAUGAAGUGCGCAAAAUGGACAAAGGAACUGAUUUAGUCGAAGAUUUUACUAUGCUUGAUGAAGAUGAAUGACAGAUGAAACUAACUGCAGAUAGGAUUUUUAUUGUAAAUUUUGAUAAUGCUCAACCUCCAGCUCCACCAUGAUUUGCAUCUAUCACUUUUGCUGUCUAUAUAUCUCUGUUUUGCACACAUUUGUUUGGGAAUUUUUACUGUGAUAGCCUCCACAUUCUAGACUGUUACUUGUAGUGGUUGCAACUUGCAAA